AUGGAAAAGGUUGGCAAGAAGGGAACAAGAGAGCCUGGGGAAGACCAGAGGGGUGCUGGCUUGCUGAUGUCAGGAAUGUGGCACCCAGCUAACAGGAGGGAUACCUUCUCCCUAACUGUGCCCAUGAGUAAACAACACAGCCAAGAAACAAAUGGAAAGAAACCCAUCGUCUCCAGUACAAGUGAUUUCAGUGACCCAGUUUACAAAGAGAUUGCCGUUACUAAUGGUUACAUUAAUCGAAUGAGUAAGGAAGAACUCCGAGCUAAACUUUCAGAAUUCAAGCUUGAAACCAGAGGUGUGAAGGAUGUCCUCAAGAAGAGGCUUAAGAACUACUACAAGAAGGAGAAGUUGACCCAGCAGCGGGAGGAUGGUGUCAUCGCUGAUGGUUACUACGACUACAUCUGUGUCAUUGACUUUGAAGCCACCUGUGAAGAGGGCAAUCCCCCCGAGUUCACUCAUGAGAUCAUUGAGUUUCCAAUUGUCUUACUGAACACUCACACCCUGGAAAUAGAAGACACCUUCCAACAGUAUGUGAGGCCAGAGAUUAACACGCAGCUUUCUGACUUCUGCAUCAGCCUUACAGGAAUUACACAGGAUAUGGUGGACCGAGCCGCCACUUUCCCGCAGGUGCUUCGCAAUGUAGUGGAGUGGAUGAAGCUGAAGGAGCUAGGAACCACGUACAAGUACUCCAUAUUGACAGAUGGUUCAUGGGAUAUGAGUAAGUUCCUGAAUAUUCAGUGUCAAAUCAGCAGGCUCAGAUACCCUUCUUUUGCCAAAAAGUGGAUCAAUAUUCGAAAGUCAUAUGGAAACUUUUACAAGGUUCCUCGGAACCAGACCAAGUUGACCAUCAUGCUUGAAAAGCUGGGGAUGAGUUAUGAUGGGCGGCCCCACAGCGGCCUUGACGACUCCAAGAACAUCGCCCGCAUCGCGGUGCGCAUGCUCCGGGACGGCUGUGAGCUGCGUGUCAAUGAGAAGAUGCACGGGGGGCAGCUCACGAGUGUGUCCUCCUCUUCACCUGUAGAGGGCGCCCCCGCCCCGCAGAUGCCACAUUUCCGAAAUUAA